AUGGAAGGUUCAAGCAGGUUAUCCAAUGUAGGAAAUUUUGGAUCUAUUGGAAGUCAAUCCCAAGCUUCCCAAAAGAGCAGGGAGAAUAGUAUUUCUCCUCCCAGUAAUAUGCACCACCACAGUGCUUCUUUAAAUAAUCUUCUCAUAGAUGAGCAACCAGCUUGGCUCGAUGAUCUCCUAAGCGAGCCAGCGUCACCUAAGAUCAACAGAGGUCACAGGCGUUCAGCUAGUGACACAUCUGCCUACUUAAACUCAUCUUUAAUGCCUUUUAAAGAAGAUGAUCUUCUGAAUAGUAAUUUUUCUGGGCCAUCUUGCCUAGUCCAGAACAUUAACCGGCAUGAUGAUUUGUGGCAGCCUAACUCUUACGACAACCAUGGCAAAUUGGGAUGGGGGGUUUCUAACAAAAAUGGAACUAAUUUCCAAACACAUGUGUCAUGGGGAGCUGUUAAUAGAGUAGGUACCUCUGCCUCGAAAUCAACUGAAACACAAAUAAGUAAAAUGAAAGAAGGCUCUUUCACAAAACCAGACGGUUCUGGAUCAAAAACUGACUCUAAACGUAUCAAACACCAAAAUGCUCACCGGGCACGUCUAAGGAGGCUUGAGUACAUAUCAGAUUUGGAAAGAACCAUCCAAGUGCUACAAGCUCAAGGAUGUGAAAUGUCAUCUGCCAUUCACUACUUGGAUCAACAGCUGGUCAUGCUUAGCAUGGAAAAUAGAGCUUUAAAACAACGUCUGGAUAGUUUAGCAGAAAUCCAAAAGCUUAAACAUGUCGAGCAACAAUUCCUUGAAAGAGAGAUAGGAAAUCUGAAGUUUCGAAAGCACCAACAACAACCACAACAGAAUCAGAAACAAAUCCAGCAGAACCGAUACAACAACUACCGCCCACCCGCCACACAGGAUCCCGAGUCCCAGUUUGCAGCCUUGGCGAUAUGA